ACGAUUUUCUACUCAGUUAUCCUUUAGAUUUGUUCGGAGUAUUGUCGGUGGAAAUAAAAUAUUGGUUUCAAAAAAACGGAAUUAUUUGUCAUUGCAACGAAAACCAUCUGCAUAAAUAGCAGGAAUCAUUAAAUUUAACAAGAGUCAUCCAAAUUAUGGAUUUUACGAAAUUCAUGAAUAAGUUUAACGAAAUUGAACGUCAAUUAUCACCAACCUCGGCACUUCGUUUAAGUUUUGAUAAUAUAUCACCAGAAACAGAUGAACCGGAUGUAAAUAAACGUUUGUGGGGAGUUCCAGUUCCUCCUUUUGUUUCGGAAAAAGUUGUUUCGUGGAUAGAAGAAGAAUUUCAAGAGACUCCCAUUUACUAUAAUGGAGACAAUGUGAUUAAAAAGGUUGAGAAUGUACGAAUGAUUGAUCGUUACAAUUCAAAAAACCCGAUUGUCGGAACACUUUAUUUGACCGCAACUCAUUUAAUAUUUGUUGAGCCGGACACAAACAAAGAAACAUGGGUUCUUCACAUGCAUAUAGCUAACGUAGAAAAACUUCCGCUGAGUACGACGGGGUCUCCAUUAUUGAUACGGUGUAAAACCUUUCUCUCAGUAACAUUUGUCAUUCCUAAAGAUUCUGAAUGCCAUGAUGUCUAUACAUCCUUAAUGAAGCUGUAUCAACCAGUUUCAAUAAAUAAACUGUAUUGCUUCAACUAUACACCGACAAAAGAUGAAUUCCCUAAGGCAGCUGGAUGGGAUUUUUUUAAACUCGAAAACGAGUACAAGCGAAUGCGAAUUCCUAACGACAAAUGGACUCUAAGCUCACUUAAUCAAAAUUACGAAUUAUGUGACACAUACCCUAGGCAAGUUUAUGUUCCAGUUGAAGCAACAACAGCAAUGUUGAUGGGAAGUUCACGUUUUCGUUCAAAAGGACGUUUACCAGCACUAACAUAUUUGCAUUCAAACAAGGCGUCUAUUUGUCGAUGCAGUCAACCACUCUCGGGUUUCAGCGCCAGAUGUCUAGAAGACGAACAAAUGCUUGAAGCUAUACGAAAAACAAAUCAAACUACUGAUUAUAUGUAUGUUGUUGAUACCCGACCCAGGAUAAAUGCAAUGGCAAAUAGGGCUGCGGGCAAAGGAUACGAAAAUGAGGCAUUUUAUGAAAACAUAAAAUUUCACUUUCUUGGAAUAGAAAAUAUUCACGUGCAGAGAACGAGCUUACAGAAAUUGAUUGAAACGUGUGAACAGAAAUCACCUACUAUGAGUGGAUUCUUAAGUUCAUUGGAGUCAUCGGGUUGGUUAAAGCAUAUACGCUCAAUAUUAGAUACAUCGAGUUUUAUUGCAAAUGCUGUAGACAAAAAUGUUUCUGUUGUUGUCCACUGCUCGGAUGGUUGGGAUAGAACAGCACAAGUAUGCUCCCUAGCCGCCCUUAUGUUGGAUCCUUACUACAGAACCAUUAAAGGCUUUCAGGCUCUAAUUGAAAAAGAUUGGUUAGCCUUCGGACAUAAAUUCAGUGAACGUUGUGGUCACGUUCAGACUGAUGCAAAGGAAGUGUCACCAAUUUUUACACAAUUUCUUGAUUGCACUUGGCAGCUGAUGAACCAAAGAAAUGAUGCUUUUGAGUUCAACGAGCGUUUCCUUCUUAUUUUACAUGACCAUGUACAUUCCUGUCAAUUCGGAACCUUUAUUGGUAACUGUGAAAAAGACCGUUUAGAUCUGAAGCUUUCUGAGCGUACAUUCUCCCUUUGGGGAUUCAUGGCAAAUCAUUUGAAUGAAUACAUAAAUCCCUUAUACAAACCAGAUGUUGAUGAAACCAUAAAGGCCAAUUUAGCACCUCAGUGCAUCAAAUUUUGGCGAGGAAUAUACAGUCGAUUUGAAAGUGGUGUGCAUCCACGAGAGCCCUUGAAUGACAUGUUGUUAGUAAGCAAAGAUCAUUGCACUUCAUUAGAAGAUCAUGUACAGCAUUUAACUAAGCGAAUUGCCAGUUUCAAAAAUUAUAUUUCAAAAUCAGCUAGAAAGCUGCAAGAUGCUACUACAAAGUCAAAGGAUGCAUCUAACGCUGAAAUGAAUGAUAAUAAAUUUAAUUACGAUAAGAAAAUGAGUGAACUAUCAGCUGCUGAUGAUGACCAUCCUCUCAAACCAGAAGAAAUGUCAUUUUCUAAUCUUUCUCUUAACGAAGAUGUGGAUCCUAAUAAGCUUUCUGAAGAAAUAAAUUCAGUUGCUGUUGAUUGGAAAUCUCAAAGAAACGUAGCUGCUUGCUCAUGUUCGACACCAUUCGAUCAAUUCAGUAAGAAGAGCCAUUGUUGGAAGUGUGGUGACAUUUUCUGUGCUCGUUGUAUUGAUAAAUCUAUAGCAUUACCAGGACAAGAAAGCGGAAACCCUGUUCCAGUUUGUAGAAAUUGUUUUCGUCUUGUACAAAAAACUAGCCCAUAAUUUAUUAUUAACAAAAAAAAAAAAAACAAGAAUAAA